UGAAACCUGCCAAAUGGUAACAGCUGUCACUUGCUUGGUUUUGUUUUCAUAAAAUAUUUUAAAUGUUGUAGUCAUUAACAAUCUUUUCUCAAUUUUUACGGACACAAAACUACUUUUAAUAGUUGAUAAAAGGUUUUGCUUGCGAAAGGUGUUAACACCUAGACGAAACAUGUCGAAACGCCAUGUUGAAGAGGCUUCUUCAAGUGUUGGUCCGCCACCUAUAAAGAAGAUCCACUUCGAACCUCAUUUAAUUGGUCCAGUUUCUACUCUAGAGGAAAUGGACAUCAAAGUCUUGCAAUUCCAGAACAAGAAACUUGCACAGCGAAUAGAGCAAAGAUGUAGAACCGAACAGGAACUGAGGCAGCGAAUUGAGCAGUUAGAGAAAAGGCAAACCCAAGAUGAUGCAAUGCUGAAUGUCGUCAACAGAUAUUGGAAUCAACUUAAUGAAGACAUCAGGAUUGUACUUCAGAGAUUUGACGCCGAAACAGCAGACGAAUCGGAAAACAAAAAUGAAAACGAAGCCACCACGUCGUUUUUGAUGCAACUAUCAACAUGGGAUAAAGACGAACUGAAUGACAAACUCGCAAAUCGAGUCCAAGUUUCGAGACGAGCUGUAGCCAAAGUUAUUCAGGCUUUUGAUAGAUUAAUGCAGAGAAAUGAAAAAAUUACGUUGGCAUUGAAAGGAGAAUUGGAAGGACAAGACGCUCCAUCAGUUGACGAAGCAAUUAGGCAGACCAAUAUCCAAUUACAAGCAGAAAAUCGAAAUUUGCAAGCUUUGCAUACAUCUCUUCACGAAAAAUACCAUACAAAUAGUUUAAAAGUGGCUGAACUACAAGACUCAUUGACAGCAAAAGAAACUGAAAACGCAGAGUUAAAAAAUCAGAUCGACGAUUUGCAAUAUGAAUUAGAUAAGGUUAGGUAUAGAAAUGAUAAACUGGAAACGCAUUUGGCUGAAGCUGUAGAAAAAAUCAAGGCUUAUCACCAAGCCCAUGGAGAUCCCGAGAAAGGAGCUCAGGCCAAACCCAUUGUUCAAAGCAGUGUUUCACAGGCCAAACUUGAAGACUUGAUGAAAGAAGUAGAAGAGUGGAAGGAGCUAGCAAAUAAUAGACUGCAGGAAUUGGAUAAACUGCAUCAAACUCAUAGAGAAACCUUAAAAGAAGUAGAAAAAUUGAAAAUGGAUAUUCGUCAAUUACCGGAAAGCGUUAUAGUAGAAACCACCGAGUACAAAUGCCUUCAGUCCCAAUUUUCGGUUCUGUAUAACGAAUCGAUGCAGCUAAAGACUCAACUAGAUGAAGCUAGACAACAACUUCAGACAAGUAAAAACGCACAUUUAAGGAAUAUAGAAAUGAUGGAAAGUGAAGAAUUAAUCGCUCAGAAGAAACUACGUCAAGAGGUAAUGCAACUAGAAGAUUUUCUUGCUCAAUUGAGAAAAGAAUACGAAAUGCUCCGAAUUGAAUUUGAGCAGAACUUGGCAGCUAAUGAGCAAACGGGACCGAUCAACCGAGAAAUGAGACAUUUGAUUACAUCACUCCAAAACAACACACAACAAUUGAAAGGUGAAGUUCACAGAUACAAGCGGAAGUACAAAGAAGCAAACACAGAAUUACCGAAAUUAAAGAAAGAAAUUGAGGACUUGCAAAAUAAAUUGACUCAGAAGCAAGGAGGUCAUACACCAGAUGUUAAAGAAGGAAUUAAAAAAGAAGAGGUGAAAGAAGAACAUGAUGUGAAAGAAGAAGGUGGCGCACAAGUGAAAGAAGAACAAGUAACAGCAGAUGUCAAGAAAGAAGGCGAAGAUCAAGAGCAAACCCAAGAAGGGGGCGAAGGAGACAAGAACCAAGCUACUGGAUCCGGAGAGAAGAAGGACAUCAAACAAGAAAAGAAUGCCAUAAAAAAGGAACAGCAAGUUAAAACAGAGAAAGACCGGGAAGCUCAACAACGGGCUAAAGAAGCAAAAAUUGCUGAAAAUGAAUUAGUUCGAGAUUUAAAAAACCAAUUAAAAAAAGCGUUAAAUGAACAGAAAGAGAUGAAAUUAUUGCUUGAUAUGUAUAAGGGAGUUAGCAAAGAGCAAAGAGAUAAAGUGCAAUUGAUGGCGGCAGAAAAGAAACUCCGAACGGACUUGGAGGAAAUGAGGCAACAACUGAAGAAAAUGCAGGAAAAUAAACGUGACGACAAGCGUAAAUUGGCAGAAGAUGAAGCGCUGAAAAAAAUUAAACAAUUGGAAGAGCAAAAAUAUGAACUUCAGAAGCAAGUAGCCUUACAAAAACCUACAGACGGAAGUUGGCCUGGCGGUGUUCAUCCCAUGCGAGCAUUUGUCGGGUCUCACGAAGAGGAAGCUUUACUUAAUGAAAUGGAAGUCACGGGCCAAGCAUUUGAAGAUAUGCAGGAGCAAAACUCAAGACUGAUUCAACAACUUAGAGAGAAAGAUGAUGCCAAUUUCAAACUAAUGUCUGAGAGAAUUAAAUCUAAUCAACUACAUAAACUGGCAAGAGAGGAAAAAGAUGUUUUAAAAGAGCAGGUUUCAACAUUGACAACUCAAGUAGAUGCUGCCAAUUUAGUGGUUAGAAAGUUGGAGGAAAAGGAGAGAAUUUUGCAAAACACUCUGGCCACAGUGGAGAAAGAAUUACAGCUUAGACAGCAAGCGAUGGAAAUGCACAAAAGAAAAGCUAUCGAGUCAGCCCAAUCUGCCGCUGAUCUGAAACUCCAUUUGGAAAAAUACCAUUCUCAGAUGAAAGAAGCACAACAAGUAGUAGCCGAAAAAACGUCAUCACUAGAAGCAGAAGCUUACAAAACCAAGAGAUUGCAAGAAGAAAUUGCUCAAUUGAAACGUAAAGCGGAACGAAUGAAGAAGAUGGAACUAGCAGGAACUACACUCGAUGAAGUAAUGAUGGAGGAAAUUAGAGAAUAUAAGGAAACACUGACGUGUCCGUCUUGCAAAGUUAAACGUAAAGAUGCUGUGUUAUCAAAAUGCUUCCACGUUUUUUGCUAUGAUUGUCUUAAGACUCGUUACGAAACCAGACAAAGAAAGUGUCCGAAAUGUAACUGUGCUUUUGGUGCUAAUGAUUAUCAUCGUUUGUACCUAUCAAACUGAAUAAUCGAAAUAUUGACGUUUUUCGUAUACUUGAUAUCUUUGACAUUUCAUGUAACGUUUUGGUUAAUUUCUAGUAGCUUUCAGUGUGUGGUUACACAGCUGUAUUAAAAAUGACUUCUAAAUAUUUCACCAUUAUUACAAAUUUUAGAUUAAUUCGAAAACUGCUAUUUAAUGUUUGUAUUUUAAAUACUUACAUGUUAAAUACUAACGAAAAGGUUGUAGCGAUUAAGUUAAAAUUAUAGUCUUAUGUGUAUUUGAUUAACAUAGCGAUAUGUAAUAGCUGGAUUAAAAUGGAACUACAUAUAGUAUGUAAAUAAAAGGCACAAUUUUUAAAUGAA